CAAGUUUGUGAAGCUAAUCCUUUUCGCCGUCGUGGCCGCCGCUAACCUCUCUUUAAGUUGUUAUGGAGCAGCCACAUGAUUAUUACGAGAGGAAGAGGAUGCCUUUAAGAGUCACCAUAAACGCCCCGAAACGGCUGCUGUCUUUGACGGUAACGCAAUCGCAGUCGCUGCCGUUUCUUCCGGAUGAACUCAUCAGAGAAAUUUUGCUGAGGCUUCCAGCAAGGUCACUGCUUCGGUUACGAAGAGUGUGCAGUUCAUGGAAAUCCCUAAUUUCCAGCUCCCAAUUCGCCAAAGACCAUCUUCAACACUCAACCGCCGCGGAUCCAAGUUUGAGUGGGCCACGAGUUGCUUAUCAUCAUUUUUGCCACUACGGAUUUGGAGAUUUCUCCUUACGCUCCUUGAUCGAGAACUCUUCCAAACCCACGGAAGUCGUUCUCUUCGAGGAGAGACGUAACUACAAGGUUAUUGGCUCUUGCAAUGGAUUGCUGUGCUUGCUGUUUAAUGAUGCUGGCAUCAACACCUGUGUCAGGUUGUGGAAUCCCUGUACUGGAUUAUUGACAACCCCAUCGGUGGAAUGUGGGGAUUUCUUAUCGGAUCGCGGCUUCGGCUAUGAUCAUGUGAAUGACAAGUACAAGCUUGUUGUGAUUGUAAAGCAGAGGCGGAAAUAUACAACUAGAAUUUAUACAUUUUGCAGCAACCCUUCCAAGAGAGCCAUUCAAGGUAUCCCAUUUCGCAGCAUAAAUGGUGAUGGUAAAGGGGUAUUUGUGCCAGGCACAGCCACUCUUAAUUGGAUUCGUAGGGAUGCCAUCCUGGGUUGCUUGGUUUUUUCCCUUGACUUGGUGAAAGAGACUUUUAGUGAGUUUUCUCUGCCCCUCAAUGAUCCGGAUGAUAAAACCUAUAUCUUCCUACGGUUAUGUGUGCUGAGGAACUGCCUUGCAUAUUGUUUUAAUCAUGAGACUCAUUGGUUCGUGUGGGUCAUGAAGGAGUAUGGAGUGCCUAAAUCUUGGACUAAAUUGGCCAUCAUCCCCUGCCAUCCGCGUCUAUCCAAUUAUUGUUUUCGUCCAUUGUAUAUCUGGGGAAACAAUAUUCUUGUGGCGGUUGCAUUAACUUCAAAGAUAGUUCUGUUUAAUUUGGAUAAUGGUAGCUUUGAAUUUCCUGUAUUGAAACCUACUCCUUCAAUAAGAUGGUCCGUCUUUAUUUAUCACGAAAGCUUAGUUUCACCACCAUAUCCUGUCCUUCCAAUUAGCUCAUCCCAAAUUCAGUUAAUCAAACGCUAACGGACAAGCUGUCUUCUGAAUAAUGGAGUAUGGAGUGUCUGAAUCUUGGACUAAAUUGGCCAUGAUCCCACAGUACCUUAGCAUACACAUUAUUCCUCUGUAUCUUUGGGAAAAUGAUGUUCUUCUGGGGACUGCUGCUCCUUAUUCAAGAAUAAUUAGGUAUAACUUAAACCAUGGCAACUUUAAGUUCCCUGUCAUUGAUGGCCACAGGGAUGGCAUGAUGAAAGUUGCUCCUUUGUCUAAGCACUCGAUGGCGGCGAAGCGAUUCCAUGUUUAUCAUGAAAGCUUGGUUUCUCCAUCACACUGUGGUCUUCUAAGUAGCACAUCUGAAAUGCGUUGGAUCAAAGUCAUCAAAAACCCAUGUCUACAAUUUCUUCCAAGUGAAUUCCUCUAUUGGUAAAGGCUUUCCCCCGCUAUUUAGUUUCUAGCUAUUCUAGUUGAAUGAUUUAUUUAUAUAGUUUUUUCCAACUUGGUGUAGGGCGGCAAAACUAUACUUUCUGUUGACAUGAUUGUUCCCAUUGCUAAAUCACAAUGUCACAGCAAUUUUCUGCUUUAUUUAGGAUAUUAAGGAAUGACUAUCAUUUCCUGGUGUUCAUUUACAAUUAGAGUUAAUUUUUUCUAGUAUCAAGUUCUAUUUUUAUAUGACAAGUUAUCAUUUUUAGGGUUAAAUUAAGGGAAGAAAGAAAAACUGUAAUAUCCCAUAAUUUAAUGACUACAGUUUCAUAUUAUGUUCUUCCAUGUUGGUUUUCAACAUUUUGGUUUUUGGAUUGAUACCUAGAACUGGUUUUGUCCAUUGGAUAAGAAAUAAACAAUACAUGUAUGAUCUAUAGUAUUAAGA